AUGGAGGAAUAUGGACGCCAACAUCCAGAAAAAGUUACACUGCUCAGUGAAUUGCGUGUAAUCUUCAAGGAGGAGUUUUUGCUUGGCAAGGGAAGUGAUGGAACCCGUGUUUACCUUGCCCUGGGGAAUAAUGGUUAUGGAAAAGCAGUAAAGCGAAUACACAAAGAUAGCGGCAAAGACUUUGCAAAUCGAGAAAAAGAAAUUUUUAAUGAGUUGAAUGCAAAGCGUUCAAAUUAUGUUGUGAAUUUGUGGGAUUUAAAAGAGAACCUUGACGAAGAGUAUUUUUACAUGAUAUUAGAUUUGUGUGAAGAAUCGUUAGAGAGUUAUGUGAAAUCUUCUUCUUUGCAAGAUCUUCAAAAAGUCGUUCCUAAAGUUCUUAUUCAGAUCUUAAAUGGUCUAGUUCACCUUCACAGCGGUGAGCAUCCUAUUCUUCAUCGGGACUUAAGACCCUCGAACGUUCUUCGAGAUAUACAAGGAAAUUUUUUAAUCGCUGACUUUGGUAUAAGUCAUAUUUUAUCUGAUGAAACUUCGACACAUCAAAGCAUACAGAGAGGAGCUAAAAAUUGGAUAGCUCCAGAGUCAUAUAACGCAUCAGAUGAAUCAAUUGAUAAAGUUCGUUACAAAAAACAGUCUGACAUUAUGGGAAAACAUCCUUUUGGAGAUGAACGGCUUAGACUGGACAACAUUUUAAAAGGAAACCCAGUUGGAUUGGACGAAAUCGAGGAUGCCACGCUCAAAGACCUUUUAUCGUGGAUGCUACAGUUAAAACCUGAAGACAGGCCAUCUGCUAAUGAGGCGUUAAAACACCCUUAUCUACAAUCAGACGAAUAG